ACCGUCAGGAAGUUUUCAAGUCAGUUUAACUUAAACAUUCGUUCGAUUCGGUCUGAAAGUCUCUUGAGAAAUUUCGUUGAUUUUUAAGAAAAUUAUAAAUAAAGAGUUAAAAAUCAUAAGCAACGACCAUUCUUUAGUUCUUUCAGUUAAAAUCUUGUAUCUUUAUGUUGCAUUGAAAUCCGUGCCGUAAUCCAUGAAAUGUGUUUUAUAUCAACAAAUUCAAAAUGUUUAUUGUAAAAUAUAUUUCGUAACUUUUAUCGCAUAACGAAUAUCUUGUGUUGGAUGAUAUUGUGAUUUAACUUUUUCUACGAUUUAGACAGCAAUUAAAAGAUAAGUGGAAAGUAUUGGUAGCAUUGAAUCAAAUAAUGUCGCUUAAGACCGUUGCGAAAAUUUUUUGAUUCAGAAUUAACGCGAAAAAAGAAAAAUUGUUUUUUUUUUUGUGAUUUAUCUAAAGUUAUCGAUAAAGCGCGCUUACGUACACGUACAUUUAGUGGCUCGUGUUUCUGAUCCUUAAUUUUAAAAGAUAACUAUAACAGCUAAGAUGGAUAACUACACAGACUUUUCACUGGCGGCCGAAAUCUAUAGAGUUGCUAUCGAUGAGUACCAACAGCAUCAUCUAACACGAAACUAUACAGGAUUAUUGCAACGAUACUAUAAACUGGUCGAAGAUGAAUAUGGUGAUCCUCGAGCAAUUAGCUAUCCAUUCAUGGAAAACCCACUGCCAACGCUAGGAAUGGUUGCCACAUAUUUAGCAUGGGUUUUAGUGAUAGGUCCAAUUUAUAUGAGAGAUAGGAAGCCAAUGAACCUGAAGACCACACUUAUAGUUUAUAAUGCCUGCCAAGUACUGUUAAGUGCCUACAUGUUUUAUGAGCACCUCAUGGCCGGAUGGGGGACAUUCUACAAUCUAAAGUGUCAACCUGUUGAUUAUUCAGAUGGACCAAUGUCAAGAAGGAUGUUGAACCUGUGCUACGUUUACUACUUAUCAAAGUUGACUGAAUUUGCAGACACGAUAUUCUUUGUGCUGAGAAAGAAAAAGUCACAAAUUACAUGGUUGCACUUAUAUCAUCACUCCUUGACCCCCAUUGAAACCUGGAUUUUGGUUAAAUUCCUUGCAGGUGGUAACGCAACUUUCCCUAAUAUUUUGAACAACUUCGUUCACGUAUGUAUGUAUUUCUACUAUAUGAUGGCUGCCAUGGGACCACAAUACUCCAAAUUUUUAUGGUGGAAGAAAUAUAUGACAGAACUUCAAAUUGCUCAAUUCAUCCUAUGCAUUGUCCACACAACACGUGCCUUGUUCUCAACAUCAUGCCAAUUCUCCAAAUUCAUUUCUGGUCUUCUGCUUCUCAACGCCUCAAUAUUCUUCGUCCUCUUCAUGAAUUUCUACGUCCAAAACUACAAGAAGAAACAAGACCAGGCAACGAAAAAAAUCGAAUGAAGUGUUUAAGUUAAACGAAAAAACAAAUAAACUAUAAAAAUUAGGAAAUAAAACUGUAAGAUAGUAGAUUGUAUAGAUUUAAUAUCAAAAAUAGUUGCCAAGAUACUUAAAAUGAUAAGAAUGUACAUUUGUAAUGUUUUUGUAGCUUGCCAAAAUAUUUAAAUAUAUUUAAACAAUUUCUUUUUAGUUACUUUGAUAAAUAAAAAAAAAAUUUAAGGACAUUUAUUCAUAAAUAUUUAAAAGAAAAGAUACUAAGGUAAUUACAAAAGAAAUUGUUUGAGAUGAAAACGUUAUUAAAUGAUGUUAUUUCCAUACUUUAAAAAAUAUAAAACAAUAUUGUUGUAUAAUAUUAUUAUUAUAUUUUUUAAAGUACAAUUUAUUUAAAAACUAUGUAACUAAAUUGUCUAGUUAGUUACUCAAAGUUGAAAAGUUUCCCAGUCUCUUAAUUGUAAAAUACUAAAACACAGACGUUGCGCAACUAAUAAUUAAUAUUAUAUUUUACAUUAUCCAUUAUUUUUCGAUAAUGUAAAAUAUACAAAUGAAUUGUUUUAAGUAAUUUAUAGACAAUUUAGUUGUAUUUGUAUACUUAAUUAGUUGUAAGUUAGAAUUGUAUAAAUUUCAUUAAUUUUAAGAUAAAUAUUACUUACGUUUCGAUUAAUUAUAAAAAAAAAUACAUUUGCCAAUGAUAAAAUACUAUUUGGUAUUUUAUCUAACUAUUAUAGAAUUAUCAAUUUCAGGCGACAUACAAAACCGGCAAUUUAUACAAAGGGGCUGCUUAUAAAAGCUUAUCUUUAAGGUGACUGAAGCAGUUCUGCACUGUAUAAUUAAAUGGGCUAAAUUAUUGUUAAAAACUAUCUGAAAGUCAGUAAAAAUCACAAAAAAGAUACUAUACUAUCUAAAAUUGUGAUUUUAAACUUAAAGUAACUUGUAACUGUCUCAAAUUGCCGUGAAUUAGUAAUAUUUUUAACAAUUGUACAUAAUUUUGAUACAAAACGGUUUAAAUAUUAGAAAAAAAAAAUGUUUUUAUGAAAAGAGGCAGCGAUUCCAUGAAGAACAACUCAACAUUGUAAAAUAUCUGAAAGUAAUCGUGUUCGCUUUUAUCAAUUUAUACUUUUUUUUGUACACAUUUUAUUGAUAAGAUUAUGUACCUGAAAGGCACUAGCAAUUUCACAAAAUCUACGGUAUUUUUGAAGGAAAUAAAUUAUUUCGAAUGGAAAA